AAGGAAGUAAGAUGACAAAAGAGUAGACCCAAGAAAUAAGUUCUUCAUUUUACCAAGUCUCCCUUCUCAUUAUCUUCUUCACACACCACUUUCCAUGAUCACUUCUUCAUAUACAUGAAAUACUUAUAAGUCAUAAUUCAUCACUCAGCUCUUACUAUUCCAUUUGCCUUAUUCACUUGCCAUAAGUUCAUAAACAUACAUGUUGUAAAUAUUCUUUUGCUAUUAUAAAGACAAUUGGUUCCAACAUGUCAGGAGAAUCAGAUUGUAAGAGUUUAUGUGACCUGGUCAUGGACCUCCAAGCAUCUGCUGAUGAGGUUUCUUCUCUAGCCAAAGAAUCCGUGAUUUCGACUGAUUUCUCAUUGAUCAUAGACAAAUUACCUCCAGUUCUCAUGGAUAUAAAGAAGAACAAGCUAAUGGACACCCCCCCUAUUCUUAAGGCCUUGGAAGCCUUAGAGACCGAGCUGAGACGUGCCAAGGCCUUGAUCACAAGCCCCAAGGGCGAGUCCUUGCACGUCAAGCAAAUCCAACAAGUGACUCAGAAUCUUGGAAGAUCAUUAGGCCUUGUCCUGUUUGCAGGACAUGAUAUUCUGGUUGAUGGGAAGGACAACAUAAGGUCUUUGCAGAAGGAGAUGAUGAAUGCGCGGUUUAGCAGUGAUGCUAUCAGCUCUUAUGACUCUAAAUCCGAGGAGAUUGUGGAAGAGUUUGGGACAGAGGAGGAGUCAGAGAAUGAAAUAGUGCAGGAGACUGAAAGCUGUGUCAGUAUUGAGGAUGUUGUGAUGCAGGUUAAGUACGGCGAUGAUGAUGAAUUCAGAUAUGCCAUUUUGGGAUUGUAUUCUUUGAUUAGUGAUAAUAAGGUCAGUGAUGAAUGGAUUAAUGAUGAAGGGAUUAUUCCUGUUCUGUUUAAUCGCUUGGGUUCCAGUAAGCCUUACAACAGAUUGACCAUAAUUCGGAUCCUAAGAACACUAGUCGCGUACAAUGAUCAGAACAAGGAGAAGAUGGUAGACAUAGCGCAUUUGUCAACGCUAGUGAAGUCAUUGACACGGGAUCUUGAGGAGCAGAAGGAGGCCGUGGGGUUACUGUCCACGCUCUCUGAUGUAUCAGCGGUGAGGAGAAGGAUUGGGAGGAUCCAGGGGUGCAUUGUUAUGCUGGUGGCUAUUUUUAAUGGAGAUGAUCAAGUUGCUUCGCGUGAUGCAGGAAAACUGCUAAAUACUUUGUCAAACAAUACUCAGAAUGCUCUGCAUAUGGCAGAGGCUGGUUACUUUAAGCCUCUGGUUCAGUACCUAAAGGAAGGUUCGGACAUGAGCAAGAUUCUUAUGGCAACUGCGCUUUCAAGAAUGGAACUCAGAGAUCAAACAAGAGCGUCAAUAGGAGAGAAUGGGGCGAUUGAACCUCUUGUCAAGAUGUUUAAAGAGGGCAAGUUGGAAGCUAAACUGUCCGCUUUGAGUGCACUGCAAAACCUGUCAAGCUUGAAAGAGAACACGAGUCGAUUGAUCACUUCAGGUAUUGUAGCAUCCCUCCUGCAGCUCCUGUUCUCAGUGACAUCUGUCCUAAUGACUUUACGUGAGCCAGCAUCAGCUAUUCUUGCACGAAUUGCCAAGUCAGAAUCGGUCCUUGUUAACAAGGAUAUCGCUCUUCAAAUGCUCUCACUUCUCAAUCUUUGUAGCCCGGCUAUUCAGUAUCAUCUGUUGAAAGCACUAAACAGCAUUUCUGGACACCCUAGUGCAUCAAAAGUCAGAAGGAAGAUGAAGGAAAAUGGUGCAUUUCAGCUUCUGCUGCCUUUCCUCGUAGAAUCAAGCACUAAGAUCAGGACUGCUGCCUUGAAAUUCAUGUACACUCUUUCUAAAGAUUCAGCCGAGGAAUUGUCAGAGCAGGUGGGAGAAACUCAUCUCAGCACCAUAAUAAAUAUCAUCUCUUCAUCAAAAUCUGAAAAAGAAAAGUGUGCAGCUAUCGGUAUCAUCAGUAACUUGCCUGCCAGCGAAAAGAAAGCCACAGAUACGCUUAAAAGGGCAAAUUUACUACCAGUUCUAAUUGCCAUAGUCGACUCAAGCCAAGGAAUACUAACGAAUGCAAUGUCCAGGUUAUUUGAAAGCAUAUCAGCUAUACUAAUUCGCUUCACUAUAUCUUCUGACAAGAAGCUACAGCUUUUUUCUGCUGAAAACGGGAUUAUUCCAGUGCUAGUGAAGUUACUGUCAACGGGAUCAUCACUCACCAAGUGUAAUGCUGCAACAGCUCUAGCUCAAUUAUCACAGAAUUCGGUUUCCUUGAGAAAAAUAAGAAAGCCGAGUUGGUUAUGUGGCACAAGUGCAGGAGCUGCGUUUUGUGAAGUCCAUAAUGGUAACUGUUUCGUCAAAACUACUUUCUGCUUGAUUAAAGCAGAAGCAAUUCGUCCGCUUAUCCAAAUACUGGAAGGUAAAGAAAGGGAAGCCGAUGAAGCAGUUCUGGGAGCACUUUCGACACUUCUGCAAGAUGAAAUACUGGAAUCAGGAAGCAAUUAUAUUGCAAGACAAUCCGGUGUCCAGGCCAUUAUAAAAGUUCUGGAGUUUGGGACAGUAAAGGCUCAACAAAAAGGGUUAUGGAUGCUGGACAGAAUUUUCAGAACUGAGGUUCACAGAAUGGAGUAUGGUAAUUCUGCUCAAGUGGUACUAAUAGAGCUUGCCCAGAAGGGUGAUCUGAAAUUAAAACCCACAGUGGCUAAACUAUUGGCCCAGCUCGAGCUCUUGCAACCUCAAUCUAGUUACUUCUAAAGAUUUGUGCAUUAAGAAAGAUGAAAGAAUGAUUCAUUGUUCAUUUUAUUUAUACAUGGUUUUGUUAGAUUUUAAUAGUUUAUUUGUUUGCUUUGAGAACUUCUACUAUGUGUACUAGAAAUGAUCAAAUAUCCUUUGUAAGUAAAGCAUGAGUGGAGAAAAGAAAUGUUCCUACCUGUUUCGAUGAUGCAAA